GUGGGCGGAGCUUAGCCUUCUAACUGGCAGCAAUUGGAUAAAAACAAUUAUUCCUUUCCCUCUAAUUAGGACUUUCUUUUUCUUUUCUUUUUGUUGUAUCAACCCAGAGGCAUGGAUGAGGGGUUGUGCUGUCAAUUUUUGAGGUUGUGGGGUGUUGAGUUUUGUUGUUUUGUCCGCUGCCGUGAUUCCAUCACUCUUUUAUAUAUAUAGAUAGGGGUCACAUAAAAAUUCCUCAGACAGAAAAGGGUGGGAGAAGGAAAGUUUGAGGAGUUCUGCUGUAGACCAAAGUUCGGGUCCCCAGUUAGCCAUGGAAACACACCAUGAAUGCCUUGGAGCAAGUCACACUCUCUCUGCCCCGUAUCCCAGAAUCUGAUCCCAGAUUACCCGCUUUGAACUGGAUGAUAUGAGUCUACACUGCCAAAUAAUCUGGGAUUAGAAGGUGAUCUGGCAUCAGAUCCUGGGAUAUAGGGCAGUGUAGAUUCACGAAAGACAAACCCACUCUGAACAAGAAAAACCUCCUGAUAGGAUCGCUCUGUGUCGGAAAAGACCUGAAGGCAAACAGCAGGCUGCUGCUAAAACUUGUUGCUGUAAGAAAGAGAUCAAGAGAUGGAGUUGAUGGUGGAGUGGAACAGUCAGCCUCUCGAAAUGUUUCUCCUUGGAUCCGACAGGACAGAAAACCUCGGCGCUGCUUCAACUUUGUUCCAUUGAACUUGAGGCGGCUUAGGCAGACAGCAAGCCGCCCUCCUCCGGGCUCCUCUGCUCCCCCCUCCCCAAAAAGGGAGGCUCGACUCCCGCCUCUGCCCACCCUCCUCCUCCUCCUCCUCCUCCUGGCCCCACUCCCAAGCCCCUUCCUUCCCUCUUCAUUGUGCGAGAGACCGAGGUGGGGCCGGGCGCUCUCCAUCCUCCUCCUCGACCAUGAAGCUCCUUCGCGGGGGUCUGCCUGCCCUCCUCCUCCUUUCCUGGCUGCUCUCCUGGGAGGCUGAGACGGUGGAGCCCCUCCGAAGAGGCGCCCUUUACGGCAACCGCUACGCCGGAGAUAAGGUGAUACGGAUUGUUCCACAGAAUGAAAAAGAAGCAGAGACGUUGAAGAUCAUAUCUCAGCAACUUCAGGUGGACCUAUGGCAGCCUGGCAGCAUCUCCUAUAUUUCCAAGGGUUCUGUAACAGAUGUACGGGUGUCAAGAAACAACUCCCAAGUUUUUCUACCUUGCCUACAACAAGCUAACAUCCAGUAUACAGUCCUCAUAUCUGAUCUUCAAAAAGCAGUGGAAAAUCAAAGUGGUUCAAGGUCUAGGAAUCGUAGAUCAUUACAAGAAUACAGCUAUGAAAUAUAUCAUUCCCUGGAAGAGAUUCAAGAUUGGAUGUAUCAGCUGAACACAACUCAUUCAGAUCUUAUUCACAUGUUUUGUGUUGGCAAAUCAUACGAAGGAAGGCCACUUAAUGUGUUAAGGCUAGGCAAAAGAUCAUGGGGUUACAAGAAAGCUGUCUGGAUAGACUGUGGCAUUCAUGCAAGAGAAUGGAUUGGCCCUGCCUUUUGUCAGUGGUUUGUGAAAGAGGCUCUUCAGACAUACCAAAGUGAUCCAGCCAUGAGAAGAAUGCUAAAUCAACUGUAUUUUUACAUUAUGCCAAUUUUUAAUGUGGAUGGAUACCAUUUCAGCUGGACCCAUGAUCGAUUCUGGAGAAAAACAAGAUCAAAGAAUUCAAGGUUCCACUGCCACGGUGUAGAUGCUAAUCGUAACUGGAAAGUGAAGUGGUGUGAUGAAGGUGCUUCCCUCCACCCCUGUGAUGACACAUACUGCGGCCCUUUCCCUGAAUCUGAGCCAGAGGUGAAGGCAGUGGCCCACUUCCUACGCAAACACCGGAAACAGAUAAAAGUCUAUCUGUCCUUUCAUGCAUAUGCCCAGAUGUUGUUGUAUCCAUACUCCUAUAAGUAUGCAACUAUUCCAAAUUUCAGCUGUGUGGAAUCUGCAGCAUUCAAUGCUGUGAAUGCCUUGCAGUCCGUUUACGGAAUAAGAUACCGAUAUGGCCCUGCCUCCAGCACUUUGUAUGUGAGUUCUGGCAGUUCUAUGGACUGGGCUUACAAAAACGGUAUUCCAUAUGCCUUUGCAUUUGAGCUGCGUGACACGGGUCAUUUUGGUUUUCUUCUGCCUGAGGCCCUAAUCAAGCCAACUUGUACAGAGACCAUGCUGGCUGUCAAAAAUAUAACACUGCACCUGCUAAAGAAGUGUCAUUAGGCAUGUUAACAGCAAAAGGACAAAACUGUUAUUUUUUCAUUAUUCUUAUUGUUGCAAAAGCUUGCUACAUAGACAUUUUCAUAUCCAUUAAAUGUAGAAUGGGAUAUCUUCUGCUAAAGGUGACAUUCACUCUACAUGUUGAAUUGUUGAAGAAUGUGAUAUCUAUGCUGGGCUGUGUGUAUUCUGGUAUUACAUAAACCAUUGGGAUUUGUUAGUAUGUUAGCUGGCAGUGCCUGGUGAAAUUGCAGGAGUUGUGGGAUGAGAGUGAAAGGAGAGGGACAAAGCAGGAUUUCCAGUGUUAACGGAAGGCAAGGCUUUACUGACCCAAGUAGGGUUUUGCUUCAGAUCUUGACAGGCAGAAAUAGAAUAAAUUAUGCAAAAUAAAUAUGCAAAUUCCAAUUUGCAUAAUUUAUACAGGCCAUGGACAUCAACUUAUAUUAAAGAAGAAAGAAUCUGGGUUUCCUUGGAACAGAAUAUAGAUUUUUAAAGUACAGAAUAUGCACAGCCCUGGAUAUAUCACAGAUGUGUACAAUGUAAAUGAAAUAAUCUCUCUUUGGGAUAAUAAAGUUCCUGUUUUUUUCA